GGAGAAUGCUGCAUGAGAUGAGGAGCCUUGUCCUGGAGGAGCCAGAGUCUUGGCUGGAUGUUCUCUCUGCCUGGAGAAACCUGGGUGGGGGCAAAGGGCAAAGAGAUGGAGCCUGUGAAGAAGCCAAAGUGCCUCUGAAGAGGAAAGCAGCAGAAGGGACAAAGGGUGCAGCUAAAAGGCUGAAAGCAGAGCCGGUGUCUGAGGAAGGCCAGGCAGAAGCUGCAGAGAGAGGCAGUGGGGAGGAUUGCUGGACUGAAGGCAAGAGCUGCCCAGGAGAGCCUGCCCAGAGCAGUGCCCAGCAGCCUGUGGGGCAGGGGCAGCCCAGCCUGGGGUUCAGAGUUUCCUGUCGCUGCAGCGGAGCCGUGGCCAAAGUGCUUCCUUCCCAGGAGCUGGGCAGAGCCCUGGGCACGGCGCUGGGGAAGCAGUUCGGGUGGCGAGCGGAUCUGCGGCGCCCCGAGCUCGAGGUCUUUGUCCAUCUUAAUGACAUUCACACUGUGGUGGGGAUUCCUCUCUUCAGGCUGUCUCUGGCCAGCAGGGAGUACCUCGGCACGGCAGGACUGCGCUCGACGGUGGCCUGGGCCAUGGCCUCUCUGGCUGAGAUCAGUGCUGGUGCCUGGGUGCUGGAUCCCAUGUGUGGGCUGGGAACCAUCCUGCUGGAAGCUGCCAAAGAGUGGCCUGAUGCCUGUUACUGGGGUGCAGAUAUCAGUGACUCUCAGCUGGAGGGUGCAGAUGUGAAUAUCAGGACUGCAGGCUUGGAGGAUAAGAUUGAGUUACUUAAAGCUUCUGUGAAAGCCUUGCCCUGGCCUUCAGAGAGCUUCGACGCUGUGAUUUCAGACCUUCCCUUUGGGAAGAAGUUCAAGGUCCCCAAAGACAUCCAGUUCCUUCCAGAUGCUCUUCAGGAAAUGGAAAGGGUGCUGCGUGUGGGAGGGACUGCAGUGCUGCUGCUGGGCCAGCAGCUCCCUGGCUCCAUGCCUGGCCUCAGCAAUGCUGCUGCUCAGGACCCCCCCGGUGCCAGCCCCGGCGGCACAGGCGGAGCCGCCACACAAGCCCUGGGCAGCCCUGGGGCAUCUUCCUCCUUGCUGGAUGGAGCUGAAGAGACCUUCCUGGGCAGCAGCCAGCCCUGCUGUGGGGCCCUGGUGCCAGCUGGUGUCUAUGGAGUCAGCCUUGGGAAGACAGAGGCCUUCAUGCACAAGUACAGGAAGAUCUCCCCCGCGGGCAAUCCCCCGCGGCCCUGCACGCUGCCAGGGGCACCUGGCACCCCGAGCAGCCUGGCAGGAACCUGA